GCCCUGGCGUGCGGUGUCUGCGUUUGUGUCCGUGUGUCGCCGAUUGUCGCCGUGUGUGUCGCGAUGGUGAAGCUCACGGCGGAGCUGAUCGAGCAGGCGGCACAGUACACCAACGCCGUGCGCGACCGGGAGCUCGACCUGCGCGGCUAUAAAAUCCCUGUAAUUGAGAACUUGGGUGCCACUCUAGACCAGUUUGACGCCAUUGAUUUCUCUGACAAUGAGAUCCGCAAACUGGACGGGUUCCCCCUGCUGCGGAGGCUGAAAACGCUGCUGAUGAAUAACAACAGGAUUUGUCGGAUUGGUGAGAACCUGGAACAGGCUCUGCCCAGCCUCACAGAGCUCAUUCUUACCAACAACAACAUUGCUGAGCUGGGUGAACUGGAUCCGUUAUCAACUAUUAAAUCAUUGACUUACCUGAGCGUUCUAAGGAAUCCUGUUACAAAUAAGAAACAUUACAGAUUAUAUUUAAUUCAUAAAGUUCCCCAGGUCAGAGUGCUGGAUUUUCAAAAAGUAAAGCUCAAAGAGCGACAGGAGGCAGAGAAAAUGUUCAAGGGCAAACGGGGUGCACAGCUUGCAAAGGAUAUUGCCAGGAGAGCAAAAACCUUCAAUCCAGGGGCUGGUCUGCCAACGGACAAAAAGAAAACAGGGCCCUCCCCAGGGGAUGUGGAGGCAAUUAAGACUGCCAUAGCAAACGCCUCGACCUUGGCUGAGGUGGAGCGGCUGAAGGGAUUGCUGCAGGCGGGACAGAUCCCCGGCAGGGAGCGGAAAUCAGGCCCAUCGGAGGACGGCGAAGAAGAAAUGGAAGAGGACACAGUGCCAAACGGAUCGUAGCCCGGGCUACGGCGCUCCCCAGGAGCCCUGUCCGGUCCCAGGCCUUGCCGGUGUCCCCGGCGGGGCCCCAUCGCCCCCGUCCUCGCGCAUUUCGCUGUUCAAUAAACGAACGGUCCCUUUUUC